AGGGACAGUUGUGGAUUGUGGUUUAAUCUUAAAUUAUGGCUUCUGUCUUUCUAUAUGGUCUUGUCCUUUUUUUCAAACUGCAAGGUACCUUAUGUAUAGUGAGUGCAGUUGGAGAGCUGGUCGUGUUGGAGGGCCAGUCAGUCAGCAUCCCCUGUCACUACAACUCUCAGUACAUCCACCACGUGAAAUACUGGUGUCAGGGGAAGCUGAUCAACUUCUGCACGACCCUGGCACGGACUGACGACCCGAAUGUGAUUUCAUCUGGAAAUGGGCGAGUGUCCAUCAUUGACGACCCGGCUCAGCAUGUGUUCACUGUGACCAUGCGGGAGCUGAAGGAGGCGGACUCAGGCUGGUACUGGUGUGGAGUGGAGGUGGGGAACAUGUGGACCGCUGAUGUCACUGAAUCCCUUCACAUCAAAGUUAUUCAUGGUAUGUCAGUGCUGCAUAGCAGGGUGAGUGGUGAGGAGGGGAGCAGUGUUGAUAUUCAGUGUCUCUACAGUGAAAAGCACAGGGAGAGCCCGAAGAAAUGGUGCAGGAAUGGAGACCUCAGCUCGUGUGUGGUCACAGACUCUAGUGGGACCUACAUUAGCAGAUCAGUGAUCAUUACAGACAAUAAGAGCGGUGCCUUUACUGUGACCAUGAAGGGGUUGGAGAGAAAGGACACAGGCUGGUAUUGGUGUGCAGCAGGACAGCAACAAGUCUCUAUUCAUGUGUCAGUCACUUUACGACCUACUACAGCUGCUCCAACUCAAGACAUUAAGUUAACAACUGCACACCCACCUACGGCAAUGGAAUCACACAGUCAUCACGUUUGGACGUCUCCCCUGCUGUUCUGUGGAGCUGCGUUGCUUGUGGUGACUGUGAUCCUGAUAGCUUUUAAAGUCUGGGAAAAGUACAGAAAAAGACACAAGCAAAGAUGUACAGAGGAACCAAACACAAGUCUCAUGGUCUGUCAAGUCUAUCCAGUGAGGGAUAGAGGCUGGAAAAACACCACCUCUCUUGUAUUCCUCAACUCCUCAAACCAGCAGGAGCAGAUGUCAUAAGGGAGGAAAUCUUUGUAUUUAACAUAUCAGUGUAAGCACUGCCUGCAACAAUAGCCAUGCUUGUUUAUCCAAAUGAAUUUGAGUUUAAAGUCAUACUAUGUAUAAUGCAAAAAUCACUGUUCAUCAGGCCGCUCACUCUUUAUGUACGAUACAGUGUUAGUAAUGGAUGUCAUGUCUACUACUGAGUUAAAUGUUCUCACUCAUUAUUUACAUAUUCUUUGUGUUUCACUCAUGUUACUUUUAUUUAAAUUCCAAUGCACAAGUUCUCAGUUUAAGUCCAUCACAACAAUAUCAGUGUAAAUGUUGCUCAGAGUCAUGCCCUGUCAUUGUUUUAUGUUCCAUUUGAAGGCCUUUGACCUUUAGGGUCCAAAUGCUAAAUUUAUACAGCAGUGAGGGCAAAUGUGAGAGGUUGUUGAUGCACCACAACCCUGCGGUUGUUUAACAGGAUGUUGGCUUAGACAACACCAGGCCGUUAAAUAUUGUAUGCUUCCUUGAACAAGUGAACAAUAAAAUGUCCAACAAACUA